UCUAUCAUUUUAUGUAACGCUAUUUUUCAGGACAAAUAAAAAACAUUAAGUACACUGAAAUAAACAGCUGCUGAAGGUACGGCCCUCCUCACACUGUAUUACUAUUGAGAUGUGUCGCAAAUAACGUUCUUCAGGAAGCUUUUUUAUGUGUGUGAUGCUCGUACGCUUAAAACCCAUGAGAUGAGAAGGGCUGUGCGCUCUUUGCCUUAAACGAAAACACCUCAACUGUACUGAAAUCAUCUUACAACGAAUUGUGUUAGGAUAUCAGAUCACCAGCGUCCACUCUGAACAAGGCAGCUCUGUUCACCGAGGAGCCACGAAACUCGAGAUCACCGUGACCCCGCUGGCGUGUGGACAGCUUUAUUUCAAGUCUACUAAAACCAAGUUUUACUUUAUAUGAUUAUUAACCUGGCUUUAUAGAGGUGAUAGUCAAUUAUGAAUUCAACAACAGCAUUCUGAGAACUUUAAGCUGUAUUCUAAUUGUGGACAUUAACUUUAAUAUAAACAUCGUCAUUCCACGAAAUCUUCCGUUCUGAAACUAAAAUAGAUUUUAACUCAAUAAAUUGCAUUGAUCCAUCUCAAACGUUUAAUAGGCCUAUGUGUUGUUACAGUUUUAAUGUUCAUUCAGGGGUUAUUGGCCUUGUGCUUAAGGUCAUGACAAUUCAAUGUUUAUUAGAAAUAGAAUUAUUUGAUAGGCUUUGUUUAUCUGAGAUAGUUUUUCUAAUGAUUGUUUUCUUUAAAAAAAAAAAAUCUAUUAUCAAUUACUUAAUUGGCCUACUAUUUUGGACAAUCGUAACAAAACAUAAAAUGGUUGAGGGAGGAGAUAUUUGGCUUUGAAGAGUUUAUGAUGACGUGUCAUAUUAAGGUUUUUUUUUUUUUUUUUUUUUUUUAAUGGAACUGUCCCUGAGGGGGCGUUUUUGACGCAUAACUUGAAACUAAAAUCUAAAAAAUACAUAAAAUAAAUAUAGGCUACUUUUCUAAUGGAUUAUUUUAUCCAGGCCUGCUUUUUUAAAUCAAAGUGUGCAUAUUUGCUAAAAGCCUACAGCAAACAAAAAAUAAAAUAAAAUGUCUUCACGAUUUGUGUUGAUGUGUUAAGAAAAAUACAAUUCGUUUGUGUUAUCAUUUUAUGUUCAGCCUACACAUAUGAAGAACUCGAAAUGUCCCCUUGUGCAUGAUCCAUAUGUAAACGCACAACAAAUUAAAUAAGCAGUCCCUAAAUUGAUCAAACAAAUUAAAUAAAACCGUGUGAGGAAAAUAUUAAACUUUUUGCUAACAGCAAGUCCUGCGCAAAUCAUAAGCUAGAGAAGGCACAGGCCGGGUUACUGUCUCCUCGUUUCCUCUCCCCCUGCAGCUAGGGAUUGAGUAACACAUUGAUAAAACAGUGUAUCACUUAUCCUGAUAGCCACGGCUCCCCCCGGACCUGUCUGUCCUCUCGUAGAGGGGCGGACCAAUCACAGGCCUAAGGCUUGGUAGUUGUUCCUUUAAAGCACCUGUCUUCAUAACACCUGGCAGACGAGAGAAUUGCUUUACGCAUGCUCCCACUCUGCCGUAUCCUCUAUACAGACGCGCUGCUCUUCAACCAUUGGUCUUCAAAUCUUUUCAGAGAUAAAAAAGCCGCCGCAUCUGUGGAUCUGACAGAUUGCCUGAUCUUCACUAAUGACUGAGGACAUCGAAAGAAGGAACCAGAGGAGACACAAUGCCUAGGUCUUUCUUAGUGAAGAGCAAAAAAGCACACAGCUACCACCAGCCACGAUCUUUGGAAGAUGACUACAACAGACUUGAUACUAUUUUAGCUCAUAUAUGUGCAGAAAGCAAAACUUCAGACGAGUCAGAGUGCUGUACGGAUGCCCUGACAGGAGACACGACUGGUGCUUUUUCACCGGACUCUCACCUGGUGGAUCAAGCUGAUCUUUCCUCCAAGUCUCCUCUCAGCUGUGGGGGAAGCGUGUGCGACCGCUCGUCAGAUUACGAAGACUUUUGGCGACCUCCAUCACCAUCAGCAUCACCGGAGUCAGCAAAAUCUUUUUCACCCUCCGUUGAGGAAACACAGCCUUUCGCCGUCCCUUUCAGGCCUUACGCGUGGAGCAGGUACUCGGGAUGUGAAAUCAGACAGCUGGUACAGCAUACUCUCAAUCAUCACCACUCUCUCGAGCGGCCUACACCUCCAGCCUAUUACAAUGACCGCGUGGCCGAGCCCUCUCUUUUCACCGAACGAGGAUCUGGCGCAGGUAUUUACGGCUCCACUGCCACCCUAUUCGAGCGCGCCACUACCUCUGGAUUUUAUGAUGACAGCAGCAUACUGGGAAAAGGAACUGAGAUAAAGUCCAGUUCUGAUGUGAUGUGUAGUCGUCUCCUGCUCAAUGGAGCAUACAAAUGUAUAAAAUGCAGCAAGGUGUUUUCUACACCACAUGGCUUGGAAGUUCACGUCCGAAGGUCGCAUAGUGGAACAAGACCUUUUGCUUGCGACAUCUGUGGGAAAACGUUCGGACACGCGGUCAGUCUGGAACAACACAGAGCUGUUCACUCACAGGAGAGAAGUUUUGACUGUAAAAUCUGUGGGAAAAGUUUUAAAAGAUCAUCCACUCUGUCCACUCAUCUUCUCAUCCACUCCGAUACAAGACCCUACCCAUGCCAGUACUGUGGAAAGCGAUUUCACCAGAAAUCAGAUAUGAAGAAACACACAUUCAUCCACACAGGGGAAAAGCCACACAAAUGCCAGGUGUGUGGGAAAGCUUUCAGUCAGAGCUCCAAUCUGAUAACGCACAGUCGAAAACACACUGGAUUCAAACCGUUUGGAUGUGACCUCUGCGGCAAAGGAUUCCAGCGCAAGGUCGAUUUAAGAAGACACAAAGAAACACAACACGGACUGAAGUUAGGAAACAUUGCUUCAUGAGUCAAGGACUUCAGCUAACACUAUUUGAAAACCCAUCGGAACUUUAACAGGCUUUUUGAUUUAGCAAGCUACAAAUGCUCAUUCAUAAAACAUUAAAUCACUGUUUUAGAGUAGGCGACUAAUAGCGUUUACAUUAGUUGUGGAACUGUUUAUGCUUUGUGAGAUUUGCCUACGAGUCAGCAGCAGGCCAGCAGGUCUGGCAGCUUUCAUGGUGAUAUUAUAACAGGGUAUCACAGGGUAUCUUGAUUCAAAUCAAUAGCCCGCUGCAGAAACAUGUCAGGCAUCGUGUCUGAACCCAAAAUAUUAUCACCAAAAUAAUCAGGGACGAAAUAUAACCGCCGCGAGAAAGGACACUGUAUCACCCAAAAUAUCAGCUGAAGGAGAGAAAAAUCACCGCAUCUCAAAAGAAUGUCACUUUGUUUUCAACGCUGCAAAGGGGAUGCUGGCAAAACAAGCACUACAAUAGACUGCGAGAUUUCAUCAAUAAAAGGAUUGUUUGUGUACUAUAGCCCAACUUAAAUUAUUUGGCUUGUCGAACCCUUUCCAGUAAUCAUUUUUUUCUUUUCUUGUAGGUUCGUUUUCUUUGACGUAAACAAAUAGGCUACAAUAGCUUAGGCUAUACCUUGUUAGAUAAAUUAAAUUGAUAAAUAGCUUAUUUGUUUUUAUAUAAUUUACACUAUUUAUUGUAAUAAAGAAUAUUACGAAGAGAUAUUUCUAAUGUGUUUUUUCUGUUUUGUGUAAUCAAAGUUUGUUUCAUACAGAUUUGUAAAAUCUCUGCACUGCGGGCAUCGGAUAACUUAUUUUGAGCUAGGCUCCUUCAUUUUUUGAUUGUAAAUGAAAGCAUUUCAUUAAUUUAAGCAUUGGAUAUUUCAUUACUUGUUUAAAAUAAAAUUAUAUAUUUAUUCGCAA